AAACUCAGGAGACAAACAACUCGAGGGGUAUAAAUACCAGUCAGCUGAGGAGGGUGAACGAGAGGCUUGCGAGUGGGGAAGUUUCUCCCGAGCUGCGCGGCCACGUCCAGCCAUGUGGGCUGGGCUAGGACUAGCCCUGGUCCUCUGUCUCCUCCCAGGAGGAGGAACAGAGCAUCAGGGUCGUUGUAAAGAACCUCCAGGAUGGCGAAUCGGGGUAGAAUAUCCCAUGAUAAAGUCAAGAGGGACAGUGACAGUGGUUGCUCUGCUCCAGGCUAGCUGAUACCUGUGCCUUUUGCAGGCUUCCAGACUUGAAGACCUGCAACUGAAGCUGGGAAAUAGUGGACUGGUCAAUAUCACCUUCAUUGUGGUCAAUCACCAAGGACACCAAUCCCAGCUGAAGUACCAACUUCUAAGAGAAAAAGUUUCAGAAGACAUUCCUGUAUACCAACAGAAUGCAACUCAACCUGAUAUCUGGGCUACUUUAAAAGGCAAAAAAGAUGAUUUCCUGAUUUACGACAGGUGUGGUCGUCUUGUUUAUCACCUUGGCUUACCUUAUACUUUCCUGAGUUUUCCAUAUGUAGAGAAAGCUAUUCAGAUCGCCUAUUGUGAAGACACUUGUGGAAAUUGCUCAUACACAACACCUGAAAUUGAAGAAAUAUGUAAAAGAAUCUCAGAGAAUUCAGAAGAAAAGCAAAUCAUGGCAGCUUCUGCCUCACCGUUGUCUCCCACUGAGCAUCACCACCAUCAUCACCCUCAUCAUCAUCAACAUCAUCAUCCCCAUCAUCAUCAUCAUGGACAUCAUCCCAAAGGGGAUCGGCCAGAAGUAAACAAUCAGCAUAACAGCAGUGUCUUGGGCCUGGAUCCUGCCAAAGCUGCCCAUCAAUCGGCAGCUGUAGCUUUGCAAGGGGACAGGCUCUGAGAAAGGGGGAGUGGCAUCUGCAAGCGCCAUUUAAGCUGAAACUGGCAGCUCUUGACAGGUCCCAUCUCCAGUAGCUGAUGCUGACACUGACGACACCUGUUGUUUGAAGAUCAGCAAAGCACAAGUUCCUGACAUUGUCGUGGAGAGCUCCCAUCUUCCUGAAGGUGACAAGGGCAGCUGUUGGCAGACAACGUGGCUGAGUCUUGACAGUGACGUCUGCCAACAGCUGCUUGACUGUCACCAGCAGCAAGAAGGGGUGAAACCUGACAAUGAGCAGGGCUGGACAACUGAGCUUGAGGAACAAUCUAAACACCUAUGGAAGACUUUGGAAUGCAUUCCAUAAUCAUUUGAAAUUGGUCCUACUAUCUCUGCCAAAGUGUUUGGAAACCCUUGCCAUAGGUGACUGAAGGGCAUCAAAUCAGAGGAAUGCAUUCCAGCCGUAAUCUUCCUGGCACACAUACCAUUAUGUAAAUUAUUGGGAAAGAAAGAAAAACAACCUUUACACCUGCCAGUUAAGCAAGAGUUCUUGGAUUUUGGCUGUAUUUGUUCAGGUGUAGUCAUGUGCUGCGGUUUCACUGAUACAGAAUACAGUCCUUGUCAUCCGACUUUGCCUUGAACAGUUAGAACAAAACUUUCCCAUAACGGUAUGGAGUUGUUUCUCAAUGCCAGUUCCAAGUGUCUGUGGUGUUCGUUAGCUUUCCUUUUUGGUUUCCUCUUCUACCAUUCUGUUUGCAUUCAUGAAAACAGGAGCAGAAACUAUGACCUAGGGGCUUCUGUUUGAUACGGAGUAAAUAAGAACAGGAGAGGAUAAGAAAAGAUUUGCUAACUAUGUUUUACAAUUAUAAGUUAAGACCAAGUGAAUAGAUGAAAGUGUUCUUCUAUGAAACUCUAAAGCCAUUUAAGAUAAUUGUAUAGAAUUCUGUGCGUAGUAUUCCAACCAGAUAUUUUCACCAAGAAGUCUACAAAAUUCACUACUUUAACAUCAGAUUUUAUGUUAUAAAGUGUGACCUAUUAAAAUCAAUUUCUGUGUUUCUGAGACUGUUCACUAUGAUAGUUCAUUUGGAAUUUGGGAUAACAGUCUUUAAAAACAUGAAGUGAGACUGAUGGGAUGGGAUGAAACAGUAAUUUCAUUGAAGGAUAAGCAUACGUAUCUGGUAAUAAAAUGUAAGACCUACACUUAAUCAUUAUUUCUGCUAACCAGUGAUUUGGACAAUCUUUUGUAAGUGAUGAAGCAUGUUUAUAUAACAUCUAUCUUUAUGUAGCAAAAUAGUAUAGUUUCUGAAAUUUCUGAAAUUAACUGAAUUUUUGCAAGUUCUAGAGAGGAAGAAAAUGUUGAACAGAGGAUUCUUUAGAUUGUGUUUGCCAUAGUUCAUGAUGGUUUGGUAGGGAAAUCGUACCCCUAUAAAACCUGAAUUAUUUUAUGGUGAAUGCUUACAAGAGGGAAAGUAGUUAAGUACACACAACUGAAGAUCUUGCAGAUGGACAAACUAUGUUUUAAUAAAUGAAAAUAUCUUUGAAUUCAA